AUGGUGCGGUGUUUGCCUCGUGUAGAUUGGCAACUGUACUACGAACUGGCCACCACAAGCCUGAAAGGGCAUUCCCCACCCCAGCAACUGGACGAUAACCGUGCGCAGCUACUUCGAGCUUAUCUCAAGCUGAAGCAAGGCCCUGUAGAGACCUUUAUUACCCAGCUUCAAUCGAGGAUAAGUCCCGAACUUGGUCUGGAUAUACUACCUUUUCACUUUGUUGAACUGGAGGAUGGAAGGAUAUUUUUCGCAGAUAUUGUGCUGAGAAAGAAGUCAGGCGUGGAUCCUAACGUAUCCAAGUACGCCCUGUGCUUCCUCUGCUGGAGACGUGACUCCUUGGUGCCGCGUCCUAUUGCUUCUCUUGUCUCCAGCUACAACAAAACAUGCUUCAUUCCUGUAUUUCCGGUAAGUCGUUGGCCUCACCCUCUUCUCCUUUGA